AUGGGAGAUAGCCAGAUAAACGCCACGCCACAGUCGGAUGCAGUGCAGACGUCGGCAGAUGAAGUGGCCCUCCAUGAAGCAGAUCCAGCUAACCAGCUGCACUCACAUCUACGUGAGAGUGGAGUACUGAAGUUGAGCUUCGGUUUCAAAGCUGCAGCUGACUUCGCAGCCGCCGAGUGCCAUGAAGAGCAGCUCAGGCAGAUGAUCCGUGACCUCCGACAAGAACUCCGCCUCAGCAGUAAGGUUGCCACAUCGGAGUAUGCCCAGGCAAGCGUCUUUGUGUUUUUAGUUGCUGAGCCAGGCCCUGAGCCGGGACAUGCUACUUGGGUCACCUUCUCCUUUGCGACGACCUGGGGAGAGACGCCGUGUCUAAGGAAGAUUGAGGGGUUAGACAGGGCUUGCGUAGAAGCAGUGAAGGCCAUGGCUGAUAAAGCCAAAGCGGCCGAGGCCAAGGCCAAGGGCAACGUGGAGUUCCAGGCCAAAAACUUCAAGGAGGCCAUCAAGCACUUCACCGAGGCCAUCAAGCAUGACCCCAGCGAUCACGUAUUCUUCUCGAACAGGUCUGCAUGCUAUGCGUCCCUGGAAGACUAUGACAAAGCUUUAGAGGAUGGAACCGAGUGUGUGCGGCUAAAGCCGGACUGGCCCAAGGGAUAUACGCGAAAGGGACUCGCGGAGUUCUUCCUGAAAAAGUAUGAUGAUGCUGCUGAAACAUACAAGGCUGGCCUCAAGCUUGCGCCGGAAGAUGCGACGCUGAAGGAGGGCUUGAAGAAGGCCAUGGACGCCAAGUACGACGUCCCUGGCGCAGGAUGGAUCGGAGGGCUAAUGCACCCGGGCCGUUGCACCCAAAGUAGUCGCUUUGCUUGGGAUGUUCGGCUCCAAUGGCAGGAGCUUCAGGAGUCAUGCUGCGGUCUCUUCCAAGGCCACUCGUAUUUCUGGGAGCGCAGGCUUUUGUGCAUCGGCUUAGCUGCGGCCCAGAACUGGCCUGGCUGUCAGGAGCAGAACACCGUCAUUCGCAACGCAGGACAGGCGUUAUUCACCAACCUGCAGGGCUACGGAGCAACCAUUGGCUGCUUCCUGGACGACUGCAUGAGCUCCGACAAGUUUGUGGCGAGCGAGAUCGAGUCCUGUGCAAAGGUUUGCUUCUCGCUGCCAGAGUGCAAGUUCUGGGUCUGGGGCACUGAGGAAGGCGAGCAGAAGUGCUGGUUCCGGACUGGGGACGCCGGCCGAGAAGCUGGAGAGGGCUGGGUCUCGGGCUCCAAGGCGUGUGCUCCGCCGGGCACAACCGUUUUGCCACUGGGCAAUUCCGAGUGCUGGGCGGAGGGCUUUGGCUACGAGAAUUGCUGCGAAGCGAAGUUUGGACCCAACGGCAACGCGCAGUGCUGGGAUGGCGUCUACAACUAUGACCGCUGCUGUUUCCCAAAAGAGGAACUCUGA